AUGAGAGAAAAGGGGUCGGCCAACCCCGUCGUGAUGGUUGUCCAAGGUCUUUUACAACUCCUCCGCGGCUCGGCGCGGCGAGCCUUGCUCUUCCGAGUCGUCCUCGCCAUCCUCCUGGUCCCGGUUCUCUACCAGCUGCUCCCCCACGAGGCCAAGAUCUUCCUGCUCAGCCAGCCGACGUCCGCGCGGUGCACCGCCGCGCAGCUCAACACCGACUACACCUGCCCGGCCGACUCCGCCGCGCGGCGCCCCGCGAUCCCCAACGUGCUGCACCUGGUAUACGUGCUGUCCGACCCGGUCGACGGCCACUUCCCGCUGCAGUUCAGCCACUUCCUGUCCGUCUACGCCGCCUGGCACCGCUGGCAACCCGACGCCAUCUACCUGCACACCAACGUCGCCGCCAACAGCAGUGCCGUGCGACGCGCCCGCGACGGCGAGUCCGGCCGGUGGGCGCGGCACGUCUUUGCGAUGCCCGGGCUGGUGGUCAACGAGGUGGCGGUGCCGACGCACGCGGGCAACGGCGUGCGCAUCGCCGGCAUGGAGCACCGCUCGGAUUUCGUGCGCGUCCAGGCGGUGCACGACCUCGGCGGCGUCUAUAUUGACAUGGACGUGCACUCGCUGAAGGAUCUGCGGCCGCUGCGGGAGGCCGGGUACGGCGGCGUGGCGGGGAAGCAGACGGACGGGUGGGUCAACAGCGGCACGUUUAUGUCGGAGCCGCGCGGGCGGAUGAUUUCACUGUGGAGGGAGCGCAUGCACGAGACGUACGACGGGUGGUGGACGACGCAUAGUAACAAGGCGCUGACGAGGGUCGCGGCGGAGCUGGCGAAGGCAGAGCCGUGCGCGAUGCUGACGCUGCGGCCGGCGGCGUUUGCGCCGAUGGGGUGGCGCUCGUUCAACACGGAGAGGCUGUUUGCGGAGCACUUUGAGGCGUCGCCGGUGUACUUGGGCGCGGACGGCGGGUUGCCGGAGUACCCGGAGGACUAUGAGGAGCCGCGGCACGCGAUGACGACGUGGGCGCACGACUGGCGGUGCACGUUUUUGCUGCACGCCUUCUCGCCGAAGAAGGAGAGGAACGGGGUAAAGGACAACGGCAUCUCGCCACGCUUUGUGGUGGAGAGGAGGAGCAACUUUGCCCGCGCCGUGUACCCGAUGGUGAGGAGCAUGUAUGCCGAGGGCCUGAUAGACAAGCACGAUAUAGAGAUGGAUUGGAUGUAA